UAUGAAGUUGUUGCUGUUCAUCACAAAAUACUGAAAUCAAAUGUAAAAUUAAAAUGGACAAUUCUCCACGAAUCGUUUAUGUGUGCAGCCUGUGUUUUCGUCAAUAUGAUCUCCAAGAGGAUCUUCGAGGGCACUUCGUAUAUUUUCACGGCUACGAACCUAUUUCGGAGCCCACCGGAAAAAACAAAACGCCGAAGAAAUCAACUAGACAACAAACUGCAGCCGGCAAGAGUUCUCAAGAUAAACAAAUCAUCGAACAACAAUUGGAGGACUUGGAACCAUCGUCCACUGAACUGCAACCUAUUCCCUUUAAAGACUUUCGUCUGGUUUUAAGGGCAAAUAUGCUGGAAACUUGCUCCUUUGGCAAGGAUUGUCCCUUUAAGUUCCAAGAUGCUGUUAAAAUGGAGCUACACACUAGUUGUCACAAAGGCUCCGUUUUCUCCUGCUGUGAGUGUGGACUGGAGCUUCCUAACUGGCGGCGUUGCUCGGCUCACUUGUGGAAAGUUCACAAGGUCAAUGUGGAUCUACUGGAGUGCCCCGUCCUCGACUGCAACUAUAAGUCACCUAUAUCCGCUCUUGUGUGGCGACACAUGCAGGUUCACAAGAAGUGGCGACCUAGAGUGCUCCGCUCCUUGGCCGCCGUUCAGCGGAGAAGGAAACUGAAGGAGCAAUCCGCGGUGAUACCCACACAACCUGAACUUCCUCCACCAACAUCCAAGAAGAACAAAUACUAUGCAGAGAAGACAUGUGAGAUCUGCAAUCGCAAGUUCGUCAAUGGCAAAACGCUGUCAAAGCAUGUAAAAACUGUUCAUAACAAAAUCAAGCCAUUUAUCUGUAAUGUUUGUGGCAAAAAAACGGCGCGAAAGGCUAGUUUAAUAAUCCACAUGCGUCAGCACACGGGCGAAAAGCCCUUACAGUGCGGCGAGUGCAAGUUCUCCACGCGUGAUCCCAGUGUCCUACACAAACAUCGCCAGCGCCAUGACAGUCAGGAUACCAGGAGUAGCCUGAAGUGCAGUCAAUGCGAAUACCUUUGCAUCCAGGCUAAUGCUCUUAAGCGACACAUGCGCUUGAAUCAUGCCGAAGCCUAUAGAGAUUUGUGUUGUGAUCUUUGCAGCUUUACAUCUAUAAAUGCUGAACGAUUACAGGCGCACAAACAGGAUCAUCGACAAGGCUUAAUCACUAACUGUGAAGAUUCCAUGGAUGCCUCACGUGCCGCUGACUUUAAGUAUCCUCGCAAGCUGGGUGAUAAGAAUGGCGAGAUAUCAGUUGACUGUUUUAUGCCUUUGGAAAGCGUGGAUUCGUUGCCCCAUGAACCAGCAGUGGAUACGGGAGGCGUAACCAUACCAGCCCCACCAUCCGAGGACACUCAGUUUCCCACAUAUUUAAAGGAUUAAUAUUUAAAAAUUACUCGAUAUGUAGUGAGUAUUUUUGUUAUUUUUCUUUACUUCCCCAAUGGAUUGUUCCAUGGAUUAUUAUUUAUUUAUAAGUGUGUAUAUUUAUAUGUAUAUAUUUAUUUACAAUUUAAUUGGUUAAAUGUGGGCACGUCCAAUGCGCUGUAAAGAGUUUUGUAUAAAAUAA